AUGAACUUGCUCGGAUUGGUCUGGCUGGCGAUCCGCCACCCUCAAGAACUCAAAGCUCUAGUGAAUCAUAAACUCUGGUAUGACCCGCCGAAUCUGGAAGAACAUCCGGAGAUCACUCGAAUCAAUGAGCCCACCAUGAAGGCAUGCUGGACAUUCCUCGACCAAACGAGCCGCAGCUUCAGUGCGGUGAUCAAAGAGCUCGACGGCGAGCUCUCACGAGUCGUCUGCAUCUUUUAUCUCGUCCUCAGGGGGCUCGAUACCGUCGAAGAUGAUAUGUCAAUCAACAUCGAACUCAAAGAAACCCUCCUCAAAACCUUCUACCAAAAGCUCGAUCAGCCCGGCUGGAACUUCGACGGAUGUAGUCCGACGGAAAAAGACCGAAACCUAUUGGUAGAGUUCGACAAGGUGAUAACAGAAUUUCAAGUUCUAGAGCCCAAGUAUCGAAAUAUUAUCGUAGACGUGACGGCUCGAAUGGGAUCGGGGAUGGCAAGAUUUGCACGGACGGCGGUAGAGGGCGGGGGAGUGUUCUCGAUCGACACGAUGGGUGCCUUUGACGGAUACUGCCAUUACGUAGCAGGGUUAGUGGGGGAGGGUCUAUCGCGGCUGUUUUCGGAGUCGGGGAAGGAGAAUGCGGAGCUGGGCUACCAGCUUCGCCUGAGCAACUCGAUGGGCCUGCUGCUCCAGAAGACCAACAUCCUUCGCGACUUCCGGGAGGACGUGGAUGCCGGACGGAUGUUCUGGCCCGAAGCUAUCUGGCGCAAGUUCGUCGACCAACCCAAGCUCCUCACUCAGCCCCAAUUCCAGAAACAGGCCCGCUGGGCUCUCACCGAGAUGACUAUCGACACCCUCAGUCAUGCUAUCGACGCCCUCGAAUACAUGACCCUCUUGAAAAAUCAGUCCAUCUUCAACUUCUGUGCUAUCCCUCAAGUCAUGGCUAUCGCCACACUCGAAUUGUGCUUCGAAAACUUGGACGUCUUCCAGAAAAACGUCAAGAUUCGCAGGAGCUUAAUGGCCCUUUUGAUAUCUAAAGCUAUCAAUCCCCGAGACCUGUCUUACAUCUUUGUAGACUUUGCCCAUAGGAUCCAUCAACGAGCCGAUCCCAGUGACCCGAAUUAUCUGCAGCUAUGCGUGCUAGUCGGGAAGAUCAUAGCAUGGGCAGAGAACCGUUAUCCGAGUUUUAUCACGCCGAUGAAUCCGCCGCCGCUAUACUCCGACGACCCUAUUGCCUCGAACAUCCAAGACGUCCGAGUAAACCAACAGCCGGCCCUGCGCCGGAUCGGCAUCAAGCCGCCGCCCGCACAGCUCACUGCUAAACCCAAGAUGGGCUUCGACGACCUCAAGUUCAUCCUCAUCAUCGUAUCUAGCGUCCUUGCUCUUAUCCUUAGCGUCUCCGCUAUCCUAGGCUCAUUGGUCUAUCUCGCUACUAAAAAACCAGAUACUUCUAUCCUUAACUUCACUCUUCCUCUCACUUCUUGGAGAAUCGAACUAUAA